CCGGCGCUCCCCGGUGCUCCGGGGCCGGCGCUCCCCGGUGCCGCUGCGGCUCGGCCCGCCAUGCCCCCGCGGGGGCCGCUCGCCCGGGCUCCGGCUCCUCGUUCCCGGUACAGCAGCAGCAGCAGCAGCAGCAGCCGCCGCCGCUGCUACCGCUCGCCGCCGCCUCGCCCGAGGCUCUGAGCGCCGCCGCCACCGCCGCCGGGAGACCGCGCCCGCCCCGGCUCCAAGAUGCUCCGCCAAGGGGGGUUUGCGGAGCUGCUGCUGGUGCUGCUGGGGCUGAAGGUGCCCGGUGCCCUGGGCUGCCCCACCGACUGCGUGUGCUACCCCUCCCCGAUGACCGUCAGCUGCCAGGCUCACAACUUCGUCACCAUCCCCGAGGGCAUCCCCGAGGACAGCGAGAGGAUCUUCCUCCAGAACAACCAGAUCACCUUGCUGCUGCGGGGCCACUUCAGCCCCUCCAUGGUCACCCUCUGGAUCUACUCCAACAACAUCACCUUCAUCGACCCCAACACCUUCGACGGGUUCGUCAACCUGGAAGAGCUGGACCUGGGGGACAACCGCUACUUAAGGGCUUUAGCUGCAGACACUUUCCAAGGGCUGGUGAAACUCCACGCCUUGUAUCUGUACAAGUGCGGGCUGAGCUCCCUCCCCAGCGGGAUAUUUGGUGGCCUCCACAACCUGCAAUACCUUUACCUGCAAGACAACCACAUCGAGUUCCUUCAGGAUGAUAUUUUUGUUGACUUGGUUAACCUCAGCCAUCUUUUUCUCCAUGGAAACAAGCUCUGGAGCCUCCAUCAGAACACAUUCAGGGGACUAAUAAACCUGGAUCGGCUGCUCAUCCAUCAAAAUCAGCUGCAGUGGAUUCAUAGGCGGGCUUUUCAUGACCUCCGAAGAUUGACCACCCUUUUCCUGUUCAAUAACAGCCUCUCGGAGCUGCAGGGGGACUGCCUGGCCCACCUGGGAGCCCUGGAGUUUCUCAGGCUGAAUGGGAACCCAUGGAGUUGCGACUGCAAAGCCCGUUCCCUCUGGGAAUGGCUGCACAGGUUCAGAGGCUCCAGCUCCAGCGUCAUCUGCGAGUUCCCCGAGCAGAUGCACGGCAAGGACCUCAAGGUGCUAAGAGCAGAAGACUUUAGGAACUGUUCGGGGUCCGAGUCGCUCCAUCAGAUGAAAACACACACCUUCUCUACAGCGGACAGAGGAGCCUCCAAAUCCCACCACCCUCACCACUCCUCCAAGGAGAAGGGGAAGGAGCGAGGGGCUGAGAACAGUUUGCACAGCAACCAGCCCGGCCCCCCCGGCUCCCGGCCGGGCUACCGCAAACCCGGCAAGAACUGCACCAGCCACAAAAGCCGUAACCGAACCUCCAAGCCGGUGUCCUUGGGGCCGCGCAAAAACGGGCAGGAGGUCCCAGACUAUGUGCCUGAUUAUCAGCACAAAUACAGCUUUGGGGCCAUGCCCACGCUGUCCCCCAAGCGCAAGGGUAAGUGCACCCGGCGGACGCCCAUCCGUGCCCCCAGCGGGGUCCAGCAGGCCGCCGGCUGCCCGGGGCUCAGGGCAUCGCUCCUGGUUUUUAUGGUGGUGUUGGCGGCCGUCAUCCGCUGAGCCCCACCCCCGGCCGCGGACGGAGCGGAGCUGUACUGCCACCAAUCUACAAAGGACCAGAGUUUCUUUUCUUCUUCUUUUUUUGUACGUGGCUCAGCGUUGGCCUGGCGAAGGGAAGAACGUUGUCUCGGCUUCUGACGGUUGUGUCCGUGCCCGGCCGGACUGUGCCGAGCGCAGCGGGAGCGGAUUAAAAGGCAUUAUCACACCUUGUCACAAACAAGCCUAACCGAGCACCUACAACAACAACAACAAAUAAAAGCCAACCUUACAAAAAGCAGAUAACAGGGACGGUAACCAAUUAGUCGGUGACAACAACCGGACAAAUGGACUGUAUCCAUGCUCUUGUGAAAUCCCGUUCGUUUGAGAGCGCUCCGAACGACCCCUCCAAUUACCGAAAGGAACAUAAUUGCUGUAAAAACCAUCACCGAUUAAGCCUACACUGUUUCUCUCUGAAAGUGAGUGCAAGGACACUGAUACCGAGGUAAUAAGGACAUUUGGUUCUCCCACGUUUUAGCCCUUUUGGCUCCAAACCCAGAGGCCAAAGUUGGCUGGGAAUCUCUUAGAAGACAAUCUCAAACCCCUGGAUAUCUCAGGCAUUACAGCAGAACAGGGCUUGCCUGCUGGGCUUGGAGUAGCCAACAACCAAAGGAAAAACUGAUUAGAGGUGGAAUUAAACAAAAACAAAACAAAACAAAAAACCAAACAAAAAACCAAACCCAAACAAACCCAACACAUAAAGAAAUGAGGUACCUGCAGGAGGUGUGUUUUUUGUAACCAUGUCCACACAUCUGAGAAAAAAACCCCAACAAAUACACAGGCUCCCCCUCUUCCCUUCAAUUAUCCAUAUGUAUGUCUUACAAUGUUUAUAAACUAUAUGGAAACUGUAUCUUCAGAACUAAGGAUUGUAUUAUUGAAUUUAUAGCAGACCAGUAUAUGAUUUUUUCUUUUUUUUCCUUGAGAAAACAAACCGGCAGCAGUGCCUACAGAUGCUGAAAGCCAUCGGGCGGGCUCAGUACGCAUGGGGGAACCACAGCGGACCAAUGUUCUCAGCAAUUCAGAGCACUAAACUUUGGGAGGGGUUGGGGGGUGAUGCAGCAAAGUCCAUACCCAGAGAGUCAAAAUUCACCCUUACAUCCUAAUUUGUGACCGGUGGGGGAGAGAGAGAGAGAGAGAGAGAUUAAUUAGCCCAAAUAAAUAGAGCCAUAGAGCUCUGUCUCCGGAGAGCACUCCGAGGCCCCGGGGAGGAAAGGGGCUGUUUUUGGGGCUGGAGGCAGAGAGGGGCUUCCCAGCCGUGGCAGUGGCGUGAGGACCUUUAUAGCUGGACUAAGGUUUUCACUGGGGCAGCAAGGAGCAGCUCCCAGGCUGCAGACAGACCUGACAGAGUCAGGAGAGGUUUUGUUUCUUAAAAGGAACAGAUUCUGGAAGAGUCAGAGAUGGGGGAAACUACAGCUUGUAGAGGACCGGCGAGAAGCGCGGUGCCCGAGGUUUCUGGUCCAUGGCAGGAGAGAGAAAUCCGUGGUCCAAGAGAGCUGUACAAAGGGGGUGGUGGGGAGGUGGAGGAGAGGGAGAAGGGCAUCCUGUUCCCCUCUUCCUGGGUUCAACCAUGUGCUGGAGGGAUGUGUUUGGUGGUCGGGGGCACGGCCGAGCCGGCAGCCCACGGGCUUGGGGAGGUGCUGCCCAAAUUCUGCAGUUGAUGUGAAUUCCCUGUCAGCGUGGAUAUGUGAGACCAAACAGACACUGAAGUUAAUGGAAACAAGGGAAAUAAAAGUGAUCUUGGACAAGAAAAGGCUUCUGUUCUUUCCAUCUCUCUCAGUGGUGGUAUUUCGAGGCCGUGACUCCUGUGUGGGGCUGGAAAUCCCAAAGGAAACAGCUGGAGUUUUCCAUCAGACACACAAUUAGCUCCAGGAAGAACGGGCCAGCUAGGGAAAUCUGCUCUCCCAACCACUUUGGGGAAGUGGAGAGGGUAUUUACACAGUGGAAGAUCCCUUGGAGGUAUCUGGAAAUGAAAAGGGAAACUCCCACUGUAAAGAGAAGCAGAAAAUUCCCUGAUGCACUUGUGUUUAUGAGCAGCUGGAUGGUGGGAGCAGGAAGCUGGAGGGGCAUGGCCUUCUCUGUCUGUCUUGCAAGCAAGGAAGGCCAGAGGCUCGGAUGCUUCUCUUUUAAAUGCCCUUCUUGGGGAAUAGCAAGAGUAGUUCUGGGGGGAGAAAGGAAGAGGUUACUUCAUCAAGCCCUCUGCCUUCCAGCUCCUACCCAAACUUUUCUGUCUACAGGGCUCUAAAGCUCCACUAAAGGGAUGUCCAAUGCAGCCAGAACAAAUAAUCCGUGAUCUGAAAUAGCUCCCUCAUGUCCUACUCUCUAUAACCAAUAGCAACUGAAUGAGUCUGGCACUGUCCCUCAGAAGUGGAGAAUGUUGUUAUGUUGGUUAUUUCGUUUCAUACUCUGGAAAUCAAAGCUCUCAGUGGGAGAAUGAAGAAGAGAAGCACUUUAUUAAUUUUUUUUUAAGUCUGCACGUAACUCCUGUAAUAUAGGAGCGAAAUGUCAGCACAGGAGAUGCUAAUGUUUUAUAAAUGAUUUGGGUGCAGCAGGCACAGUGGAUAGUCUUUGAGAUGAAUUAUAUUAGAACAGACUACACCUGGCUCAAAACCAUAAUUGUAUUUUUAGUAUCUUUUCCUUUAACAUGUAGGAAAAAUAAAGGCAACUCCAUGGUGUAUUACAA